AUGGCUUCGUCGACCGGUCAGCCGUCUACCAUUCGAUUUUCCGAAGGAGAAGAUACAGCACAGGUAACGGCAGGAUUGAACUCGCUACGACAACGCGGAUGGCAGCUGGACCAGGAUGGAAUGGGAGUGACCAAGACCUUUUAUUUCAAGGCGUACUUCAAGGCAGUGAGUUUUGUGAAUGUGAUUGCGGCUGAGAGUGCAGCCAAGAAACACCAUCCGACUAUCACCGUGAGGUUCGGCUCGGUCGAUGUACACUGGACGACGCAUAACCCGCGGGGCCUCUCUCAGAAGGAUGUGACCUUGGCAGAGCAUUGCGAGAACGGAGCAGAUUUGAUAGGCGCCGUGAAACAAAGCGAGGGGCAGAAGUGCUAUUGA